UUGACAUCAAUAGUGUUAUUGGGAUCACAUCAGACAGCGCAUCGGACAAUGUCAAAUGCUUCACCAAAAGUGAUCUGUUUGAUUCAAACACUUUCUUCAGAUGUGCUUGUCACGUGAUCAACACCUGUGCGCAGAAGGCAAUCAAGACUAUUGAGUUGAUAGAGAUCAACACCCAGAAGAUCGGUCUACUCCAAGCAGUGAGGAAGAUAAUCAAGAGGACCAAGAAGUCAACAACUAUUCAUAGGGAGUUCAUUGCAGAAUGCAAGCGUUUGAAUUUAAAACAUCAUGUUUUAUUCUCAGACAUGGAGGUUAGGUGGAACUCAACUCACAACAUGUUGAAGAGGUUCUUGGAGUUCAGGACAAUCUUUGAACCAUGCAAGUUCACCAAUGACAAGGGAAUCGCCCAAAUGAAGCUCAAACCAGCACAAUGGCAUAUCAUUGAAGCUUUGACAAAGUUCUUGGGGAUUUUUGUAGGACCAACUCAACUACUUCAGUCAUCCAAGAACGUCACACUCCCAUGUGUCCUUCCAGUCUAUAUUGACAUCAUCUCAAAGCUCUCGAACUACUCAUUCUACGGUGUUGUCCCCAUUCCACAAUCUGGAAUACCUUCAAGCCAUGGACGAUUGUUACAUUAA